CCAUAUUGGCAUCUUCUGUUGUUAGUCUAUAUUUUCUUGAACUUACUGAUGUCUUCAAGCCAGUUCACUCUGGAUUUAAUUGCUAUGACAAGAGUCUGAGUAUGCCAUAUAUUGAACCUACACAAGAAGCAGUUCCCUUUUUGAUGUUGCUUAGUCUGGUUUUUGCUGGACCAUCAAUUACGAUAAUGGUAGGAGAAGGAAUUCUCUACUGUUGCCUGUCCAAAAGAAGAAAUGGGAUUGGAACAGAGGCCAAUAUUAAUGCAGGAGGAUGCAACUUCAAUUCAUUUCUUAGAAGAGCUGUCAGAUUUGUUGGUGUUCAUGUGUUUGGUCUUUGUUCUACUGCGCUUGUUACUGAUAUUAUACAGCUAUCAACAGGAUAUCAAGCACCAUAUUUCCUGACCGUCUGCAAGCCUAACUAUACAUCCUUAAAUGUAUCCUGCUCAGAGAAUUCAUAUGUUGUGGAAGAUAUAUGCUCAGGAGCUGAUGCUAAUAUUAUCAAUGCUGGAAGGUUGGUUCUAUCCUUUACUUUUUCUAGAUAAAGUCUGCAUGAGUUU